UAUUCUGGCGUUUCGUGUUUCUUUUUCUCUAAUAUGUCUCCUUUUUAGAGUUGUAGUUGUUCAACUGUUGUUCAUAUUCUUGUAAAGUUUGCUUUUUUUAAAAACUAAUUCCAUUCUGUUCUUAGAAUGCGAUUUCUGUUUGGGUUGUUGAUAUAUCGAAUUUAGUCUCAGUGUAAGAGAAUGUGUUUUGAGAUUUGAGUGAGCUCCUCGGUAUGGAUCUAGAGAAUGGGAUUUAUGGCAAUCGUGUUAAGAAGGAUUCAUGGAGGACCGUCUUGACUCUAGCGUAUCAGAGUUUGGGUGUUGUAUAUGGGGAUUUGAGUACUUCUCCUCUCUAUGUUUACAAAAGCGCUUUUGCAGAGGAUAUUCACCACUCGGAGACGAACGAGGAGAUAUUCGGAGUUUUAUCUUUCGUGUUCUGGACGCUUACACUGAUUCCGUUGCUCAAGUAUGUGUUCAUCGUGCUCCGGGCUAACGAUAACGGUGAAGGUGGGACAUUUGCUUUGUAUUCAUUGCUUUGCCGGCAUGCUCGGGUCAGUUCCUUGCCCAACUGCCAAGUUGCAGAUGAGGAACUGUCAGAGUACAAGAAAGAUGGCAUUGGUACAAGGGGCAGGGGUAUUGGAUCGAGCUUAAAAUCCACGCUAGAGAAGCACAGGGUUUUGCAGAGGGUGCUGCUAGUUCUGGCUCUAAUUGGAACUUGUAUGGUCAUCGGUGAUGGAGUCCUCACUCCGGCCAUUUCUGUUUUCUCUGCAGUGUCGGGUCUUGAGCUUUCCAUGUCUAAAGAGCAUCACAAAUAUGUAGAGCUUCCGGUAGCCUGUAUCAUACUGGUAUUUUUGUUUGCUCUCCAACACUAUGGCACUCACCGUGUGGGAUUCCUGUUUGCACCAAUCGUUGUGACAUGGCUUUUCUGCAUCAGUGCAAUUGGUGUGUAUAACAUAUUCCACUGGAAUCCCCAUGUGUAUCAAGCUCUCUCUCCGUAUUACAUGUACAAAUUUUUGAAGAAGACCCAGAGGGGAGGUUGGAUGUCUUUAGGUGGUAUACUGUUAUGCAUAACAGGUUCAGAAGCUAUGUUUGCUGAUCUUGGACAUUUCUCUCAAUUAUCAAUCAAGAUUGCUUUUACCUCUGUGGUUUAUCCGUCCUUGAUACUCGCAUAUAUGGGACAAGCUGCUUAUCUAUCCAGGCAUCACGAUAUUGAAAAUCACUACCGGAUUGGAUUUUAUGUAUCUGUACCAGAGAGGAUAAGAUGGCCAGUUCUGGCAAUAGCCAUUCUUGCAGCAGUAGUUGGAAGCCAAGCCAUCAUUACGGGGACCUUCUCAAUCAUCAAGCAGUGCUCUGCCUUGGGCUGCUUCCCAAGGGUCAAAAUAGUUCACACAUCAUCUAAAAUACAUGGCCAGAUUUACAUUCCAGAAAUCAACUGGAUUUUAAUGCUGUUGUGCUUGGCAGUUACCAUUGGAUUCAGAGACACAAAACGGAUGGGUAAUGCUUCAGGUUUGGCAGUUAUAACUGUCAUGCUAGUCACCACUUGCCUGAUGUCUCUGGUUAUAGUUCUGGUGUGGAAUCGGAAUAUCCUUCUUGCUGUUUGCUUCAUAUUCUUCUUUGGAACCAUUGAGGCACUCUACUUCUCAGCCUCCCUCAUCAAGUUCUUUGAAGGGGCAUGGGUCCCUAUUGCCCUUGCCUUCAUCUUCCUGGUUGUCAUGCAUGUUUGGCACUAUGGCACACUCAAGAAGUAUGAGUUUGAUGUCCAAAACAAGGUCUCUAUCAACUGGAUCCUGAGCUUGGGGCCAGGUCUGGGGAUUGUACGUGUCAGGGGCAUUGGUCUUGUACACACUGAACUUGUAUCUGGGAUCCCCGCAAUUUUCUCCCAUUUUGUUACCAACCUUCCUGCCUUCCACCAAGUUCUAGUCUUCCUCUGUGUCAAGUCUGUCCCUGUUCCGCAUGUUCGGCCUGAGGAACGGUUCCUUGUAGGCCGCAUUGGUCCACGAGAGUAUAGGCUUUACAGGUGCAUUGCACGUUAUGGGUACCGUGAUGUGCACAAGGAUGAUGUAGAGUUUGAGAAGGACCUUGUUUAUAGCAUAGCAGAAUUUAUCCGGUCGGAGAAACCAGAGCACAAUGAAGGGGUGGACUCGGAGAAGGAUGAUGAGAGAAUGACAGUUGUUGGGACAUCUUCUGCAAAUUAUGAAGGGAUACAAAUGUGCGAAGAUGAUGAUGAUGUGGAUAAUGCUGAAGUCACAGGCCCAUCGGAGCUUAGGGAAAUACAGUCUCCAGUGGUGCAGAGGAAAAGAGUGAGAUUUGUGUUGCCCGAGAGCCCAAAGAUAGAUGAUGCUACACAGGACGAGCUUCAGGAUCUAAUGGAAGCAAGGGAGUCAGGGAUGGCAUUCAUACUAGGCCACUCCUAUGUAAGAGCUAAACGCGGUUCGAGCUUAAUAAAGAAGUUGGUGAUUAAUUUUGGGUAUGAUUUCCUGAGGAGGAACUGCAGGGGUCCAUCCUACACCCAUAACGUUCCUAAUGCUUCUACACUCGAGGUGGGGAUGAUCUACCAUGUUUGACUUUGUUUCUACAAUACCAUCUUGUAUUAUCUAUUGUGUAUAUCUUAGAUUUACAGUGAUGUCCAUGGUGGAUGAGAAGUGUUCUUUCCUGCCACGGAUUCUAAAUAGGGAAUGCAUAUCUGAGUGUAACUUUGAUGGUGAGGGAUGUGGUAGCCUGAAGGUCCACAUUGAUGCAAUUGUGAUAGAAUCACAAUUUGUAGCUAUCGGUGCAAGUCACCGAACUACUAUGACAGUGAAACCUACAUGCCCAACAAACCGGCCUGGGGGUUCUUAAUUUUGGGAAAUGAA